UGCAUUUCUUUCAUUUCUUCUCAGGAAGAGAAAAAAGAAAGAAGAAAAAACACGCACAACACACACGAGAGAGAGGCUGAAUAGUUGUGGGGUGUGUGUGUGUAUGUAUGUGCUUGUAGAAUGAGAACCAGGAGAGGGCUGUGUUAUCCUAGAGUGAUGAAUUUGAAUAACGCCGACGGAGUGGUGAAGAGGAGGAAAGUGGCGCUCCCCGCCGGAGAGCAGAUAGGUCGCCGGAAGAAGUUGAAGCUUUCGCCGGAGGAUGAUGGAGGCUUUCCUGGAGGAUGUGACUUCUUUGAUGCUUUGCCGGACGAUCUUGUCCUCUCUAUCCUCUGUAAACUCAGCUCCACCGCCAGCUGCCCUGCCGAUUUCAUCAAUGUUCUUAUAACAUGCAAAAGACUCAACGGAUUAGGCCUCAACUCGGUAGUUCUAUCCAAAGCCUCGCGGAGAAUGCUAGCAGUUAAAGCAAAAAACUGGUCGGAAUCUGCUCACCGGUUCCUGAAACUCUGCGCCGACACCGGAAACGUGGAAGCCUGCUUCACUCUGGGCAUGAUUCGAUUCUACUGUUUGCAAAAUCGAGGAACCGGGGCAUCACUAAUGGCGAAGGCCGCGAUUGGUUCUCACUCGCCGGCGCUGUACUCACUCGCUAUCAUCCAGUUCAACGGCAGCGGCGGCUCGAAGAACGACAAGAAUUUGCCCGCCGGUGUGGCGUUGUGCGCACGCGCCGCCUAUCUAGGCCACGUAGACGCUCUCCGAGAACUGGGCCACUGCCUGCAGGAUGGCUAUGGGGUGAAGCGCAACAUCGCCGAGGGACGCCGAUUUUUAAUCCAAGCCAACGCGCGUGAGUUAGCCACCGUCUUAGUCGCGUGCCCGUCGGCCGUGGUGCCCAGGUCUUGGCUGUCGUGGACCCCUGACCGCCAGGCCACCGAGGGGGUUUGCCCACUGUUGAGCGAUUUCGGGUGUAAUGUGCCGUCUCCGGCGCCUCACCCCGCCAACCAAUUUCUAUCCGAGUGGUUCUCAGGUCGGACUCCCGGCCCGGGGCUCCGGCUGUGUUCUCAUUCGGGCUGCGGGCGGCCAGAGACCCGGAGGUAUGAGUUCCGUCGGUGCUCAGUGUGCGGAGCAGUGAAUUAUUGCUCACGUGCUUGUCAGGCGCUGGAUUGGAAGCUGCGCCAUAAGGUGGAGUGCACACCCGUGGAGAGAUGGGCAGACGGGGAUGGAAACAAUGACGGUAACGAUUACCUUAACGGCAACGGAAACGGAAACGAGAACAAUAAUAACGACAACAACAACGCUAACGGCAAUGUCAAUGAGGACGAAGUAAUGGAGGAGAGUUAACGGCGAGACUGUGAAUGUGACGGUAACGGCACUGGAGUCUUUCAGAAUGAAAGAGAGAGUUUUGGGGGAGAAAUGACAAAAAUGGGAAAAUUUGAGGCCAAAUUUUGUGGGGGGGAAAAUCGAAUUAUAUCUUUUCUCAUGGGUCAGUUUUUGUAUAGAGAAAGUAAGAAGGUUCUAAGCUGAAAAUUUUACUCCCAUGUACAAUGUAGUUUAUUCGGCUUUAAGCAAAGCAAAAAAA